AUGUUCUAUAAUCAGGAUAUAUUUGAAAAACUACCAUAUGUAGUAUCACAUUUUCUUGGCUAUAGAAGAAUUUAUUUAUGGUCGUUUAUAGCCUCCUGGAUCGGUAUAGCAAUAUUAGAAAUUAUUUUUACCUAUGGUCCUUCGUUUAAAUCAUAUCAAACGCCUAUGAUUGUUGCAUCAUUUGGAGCAAGUGCAGUUUUAAUUUACGGUGUUCUUGAUGCCCCUUUAGCACAACCUCGUAAUGUAUUCUUUGGACAAUUGAUAGGUGCUAUUGUAGGCGUCAUUAUUUCACAGCUUUUCUUAAAUAUAAAGCAAGAUUGGUCUUCAAAAGAUCAGUAUAUUGCAGUACAAUGGAUAGCAGGAGCAGUAGCUAUGUCAUUUUCAUUAGUCAUCAUGCAAAUGACGAAGACAGUGCAUCCUCCUGGUGGAGCAACAGCCUUAAUUCCAUGUGUGACUCCGAGUAUUUUGGAUAUUCAAUGGUUUUAUAUAGGAGUUGUUGCUUUGUCUUCACUUUUGCAAAUUUGUAUUGCUUGUUUAGUAAAUAACAUUGAACGUCGAUACCCUCAGUAUUGGUGGACACCUCAGAAAUUACCUCUCAAGAUAGAUCCAACCACAUUAACUACCCUUAUGUCGACUCAUGGUACUAUUAUGACCACGCAUAACGAAGAAGAUAUUGUGGCAUCUAAUUUAACAACUGAACAAGAAGCUAGACUAUCUUCUCUCUCCAAUCAUAGGGAGUACAAAAAUGAAGCAAGAAGUCAUAAUAAUAAGAAUAGGGAUGCCAUUAUUCAUCAUUUUGUUACUCAAGGAAAAGACAUUUUCCCUGUCGUAUCACAACCAAAUGAUACUACUGCUACUACUAAUAAUAACGAUAAUAGCAGACGAUCAUCUACUACGACAAUCAAUAUGCAAAAGAAUCAACAAGAUAUAACAAGCACAAUCGAACAGGCGAUUUAUGAUUUACGAGAUAAUUCCUGGUUUACCAAUUAUUAUGACACCAGGCCUAUUAUCUAA